AUGUAUUUACAUAUAACUUAUAUAGCUAUAUGUAUAUUUAUGUAUGUAUGUAUGUAUGUAUAUGUGUAUGUGUGGUGCGUAUGUGUGUGCGUGCGUGUGUAUAUGUACGUUUGUCUGAAUGUAUCUAUGUAUGUAUCUAUCUAUGUAUGUAUCUAUCUAUGUAUGUAUCUAUCUAUGUAUGUAUCUAUCUAUCUCUUCAUUUUUUGUGUUUGUAUUCUUUUUGUAUUUGUAUCUUGUUAUCUUUUUGUAUUGAUAUAUGAAUCUAAUUUGUUGUAUAUAUUUAUUUGUGUGUUCAUGUUUUGUGUCUAUGUAUAUAUAUAUAUAUAUAUAUAUAUAUAUAUAUAUAUAUAUAUAUAUAUAUAUAUUGAGUUAUUGUAUUUAAAUUUGUUUCUCUUAAGUUUUGCUGCAUUUUUGUAUAUACAUUUUAUUAUUUUGCUGUAUCUAUUUUUGUAUCUUUGUAUACCUUUGUUUGUAUACAAUGAAUUUGUUUCUUGUAUGGAUUUGUAUUGUCGUAUCUUUUGA